AUGGCUCACGCUCUCGCUCGCUCCCUGCUGCUGAUGCUGCUGGUUGGCUCUGCGCUGCUCUCCGCGGAGUCGAAGACCCUGAAUCGCCGCACCGACAAGAUCUCCGAGAACUUCAAGCAGCUCGAUCUGCCGCCAGAGGAGAUCGAUCCGAACGUGGCGCCGCCCGAGCCACAAAAGCUGGACAAUGCCGUGGCCGAGGCAGUGGAGGAAACAGUUGCUGAACCAGAUGACGCUGAUAAGAAUCCAAUUAGCCGAUACUGCAAGUGCAACGAGUCGCACUGCGAUUGCUGCCGCAAGUUCGGCCUGCCGCUGCUGCCGAGUGGACCGGGCUGCGCCAAGAUCUCCUACCUGGGCAACGACGAGAUGAGCGUCUCCCUCAAGUUCGGCGACAUCACGCUCGCCUCCCGUCGCAUCUCCAGCAAGCGGGCACGCCCCAUUUGCGUGGGCAUGCCUGGCGGCUACUCCAAGUUCUGUGGCCGGGUCUACGGUCUGUCGCGGGCCCAGGAGAACUUCAAGGCGUGCUUGGCCUUCGAGCUGCGCUCCGAGGACGAGCUGGAAGCGCAGCUGCCCAUCUCCUGCUUCAAGUUCGGCUCCGAGGGUCUGCGCGUCGCCGAGGCAGAGCCUUUGCCCACCAAGGUGAAGAAGCCCGAGGAGGAUGACGACGACGACAUCUUUGGCUUUGGCGCUGGCGACGAUGAGGAUGAGGAUGAGGACGAUGACUACGAUGACGGCGAGACGGCUGCCUCCGCCGAGGACGACGAUGCCGACGACUAUACGGAAGACGACGAUACCGAAGCACCCGAGGAUGCCGACUAUGGCGGCUUCAGUCUGGGUGGCCUGCUCGACGAGCUUGACGACGAUGAGGAUGAGAAGCCCAGUAAAAAGCCAGCUGCCGUCGCUGCCGCUGCUGUUGCUGCUGCUGCGGCACCUGCCACGCGCCUUGCUGAUCAGACGACGCGCGAGCACAUCGAAAUGGAAGCGCAGAGCAAGGAUGAAGCAGGCACAGUUGCAGCCGCAGCACCAGCAGCAGAGGCCUCUCCAGCUGCAGCUGCCGUGGAGGAUGCAGCUGCAGCUGCAGCUGCAGUUCCGGCUGUUGCCGCUGCCGAGGACAGCAGCGCCACCACGGCCAGCGCGACCUCGACCAAGGCCAAAAAGUCGAAGAAGGCGAAAAAGAACAAGAAGAAGAAGAAGGCAGCCAACACGGCAGCAGCCGGAGAAGGCGACUUCGCCUACGAGUUACUCAAUGGCAUCCUGGAUUUUUUCAACUGAGCGGCCAACGGGAAUACGCCAACAUGCUUGGCAACUCUGUAAAUACCCUGUAUUGACGUUGAGCUGCUGUUUACGGAUGGAGGAGGAGGCGAAGAAGGCGCAGGAGAAGGGCAGGAGGGAGGAGAUAUAGAGGCGAGAAUGAAAGGAGUGAAGGCGAGGAGAAGGCGCGGCAGAAGACAGAAGAGCCGCAACAGUUGCAUUUACGUUUACGA